AUGCUUCUCAAUUCUGUCGCCAACUCCAAGUAUAAUGUAAGAAGAAGAAUGUUUUCGUGUCUUCCAGGAGUUUCCACGUGCGCUUGCGUAGAACCGUGCCAACAGUGGAUGGCCAUCGGCACUUCCGGAGGCGUCAUCACGUGCUACGACUUGCGCUUCAGCUUGCCGGCGGGAACCAUUCAACACCCCGGGAAAUCCCGUGUUCGCAAACUCUUGGCGUAUCCCGUCGAUCGGUUGUCGGGGUAUCCUUCGGGCUCAGUCAUCGCCUCGUUCAAGGGCAACAACGAGGUCGCCGUGUGGAACUUUGAGACGCAGUCGAGACAGAUGACGCUGUGGGCGAGUCCAACGCCGCCGAUGUCGACGACGCAAAUGACGCAGUAUUCCGUGUGCGCCAUUUGCAUGAGCCCGACGCGUGACGGACUCUCGUGGCUCUUGGGCAGCUCGGACAUGCGAUUGAGGCUGUGGAAUACGGAGUUUUCCAGCAAGUCGCGUAUGGUCAGCGUGGCGGGGAAUGAUGCCGUGUCCCCGAGCUCUUUCCAUUACUCGGUUGCCUCCAGAUCUUCGAAGUCAAUUCCGCCGUUUUCAUCAACAGCCGCCAAAGUGGCGGCAAAUGUGGUGGCUGUGAAGGCGGCUGUUUAG